AUGGAAAGCGAUGCAAAUUAUUAUCAAGAUCCUCCUUCACCGGAGAAUACAGAGGCACCAGCACCUCAGCGACGACGUCGCCCGCCCCUGUCUUGUACGGUGUGUCGCAGGCGUAAACUAAAAUGCGAUCGCUCACUUCCAUGCGGGCAAUGCCUUCGCUCCAAAACACCACACGAAUGUGUCUUUGUGGGACCUAAACCAGGUCCUGCAGAGACACAGCAUAUGUCGCCACCUACAUCAAAGCGAGCUACUAACGAGACAGAACGCAAAAGUGGCAUGUUCGUUUUUGACUCGAAGUUGGGGGCCACUUCGUCGAGGGGUACGAAACGUGCGCGGCCUGAUGAGCUGCAUGAGCUCCGAAAUCGGCUGCGCACAUUGGAGAACUCUGUCGGCAGGCCUGCUGUCCUUCAAACGCCUGAGACGUCUAUUGGUGACGUGUUCUCUCCCUCUGAGGAGGGGACCGCUAAUAGUUCGGAAAAUGUGGGUGUCGAGGACCGCGUGCGAUACUUACCUGAUUCGAGUUUUCGAGGGAAAAAAGCCAAGACGAGAUAUUUUGGUCGCAGUCAUUAUACAACGACUGUUUCAUUUUUCCAGGAUAUUGGUUGCUUUUUGCGCCGUGGUCGCGGAUGUCGACAAGGUAAAGACCAGGAGUAUAAUGAGAUGAAAAAAUUCAAGACCGAGCUUUGGUCGCGCGAGACGCAGGAUCACCAGCGCGCGUUCCGUGAACAGCCGUUCAACUUGCAUGAAAUGGUGCCAUCGCGACAGGUCGCAGAUCACCUACUACAGCUCUAUCUAGAUACAUUCGAGACGACAUAUCGCAUUCUACAUACUCCGACCUUUUUAAAGCAGUAUGCCGACUACUGGGCAGGCACCGAGCCACCCGAAGCGGCAUUCCUGGCCCAGUUACUAGCUGUGAUGGCUGCCGGGAGCUGCUUCUACGUGCCGAUACCAGGCCAAGACGAGCGAGAUGUAUUCCAGAGACCAGCUAUGACAUGGAUCAUGGCUGUGCAGUCUUAUAUCUCAUGCACAUUUGUCAGUCCGGAGAUAGAUCUGCGAAUGUUGCAAACACAAUGUCUUCUUCUGGUGGCUCGUCUUGGAGUCGCAAGUGAUGGCGACGUAGCCUGGGCAUCUAUGGGGUCGCUCAUUCGAUCUUCAAUGACUAUGGGACUCCAUCGCGAUCCGGCACGUUUCCGCAAAUGCACUCCCUUUUAUGCCGAGCUACGGCGUCGGCUAUGGGUUACGAUUGUCGAGCUAGAUCUCAAAAUCUCUCUUGACCGUGGAGUCCCACCAUCCGUUGAUCUGGAUGAGUGCGAUUGUGAUCUACCGUCUAAUUGGAACGACGCAGAUCUAGUACUGGACAUGGAGCAAAAUCCAGCGCCUCUCAGCACUGCGCUUUACACGCAAAACUUUUACCAGACUCUGUUAAUGAGGACUCUGCCAUUGCGUUAUCGUAUCGCCAGGAAAAUCAACACCCUGCGAUUUAAUUUGUCUUACGAUGAUGCCUUGAGAAUGGGUGACGUGCUAUCUCGCAGCAUGCAGAGCGCAUCAUCCUUAUUCGAAGACAACGCACCUAGUACAUUACCCGAAGAAGAAACUCGCCACCAAUUUGCCCAAUCUCUACACCUUUUUAUAAUGCGCAAAUUUCUUCUCGCUCUGCAUCGUCCCUUUUCUCUCAGUGUCGUCCGACUGCCCAAAUGCUCUUUCUCGCGCAAAGUCUGCUUGGAGGAAUCGCUCGGUAUAAUCUCGCAGAUGGAGCUCCCACUUUCACUUGAGGAUAUCCAAUAUCCGCAUAUUACACAACUUGGCAGCGGGAUGUUCCGCGAUGAGACAUUCCACGCUGCAGUCACAGUCUGCGUGGAGUUAUCACUCCAAGCAAACGAAAUGAGGAAUUCUACUUCGUCAGGAAUGGACGGUGUGAACUCUAGCGUUUUGAUGAGUAUGGUUCAAUCACAGCAAGGCGUUAUGAUGCAGGCCGUCGAACGGACAGCUGAUAACUUCGGGAGACGAAUCGGUAUCGGCGGCAAGGGAUCUAAGCCAUUCUUUUUCUUGAACAUCAUCAUAGCAUCUGUCAAGUCCCGCGUCAAGGGCGAGGACCCCUUGUGCAAUGUUGAAUCUGCCGCAAAGAGAACGGUUCGGAUUUCUCGGGCGUUGCUGGAUGGGGCUUCAUAUCGUGAUGCUCAGAUUAUGGUGGACACUCGACCGGUUCAGGUUAGUAUCUCCAGCUAUGACUAUUUACCAGUCAUGUCUAAUCUGUUCAUCCAGACGCCCAUUCCUUCGGGUACCACUCCUAUAUCUGGGACACCGAGUGAUAUUGACCCUUCCUCCUUGUUAUCCACUGACUUCAGUGACUUCACACCAAUGGACCUAGGAGGUUGGUUCGACACAUUGGAUUAUACCGGCCCAGAAAUGUGGGAUGUCGAGCUCUUCAAAAGUGUCCCAACAUUCCCCUAA